GGCUUGACGCGGACGUCGCCGUUCCCGCCACCCAGUCCCUUGCAGCCUCCGUGAUGUGGCCGUCGGCGCGAACGUGGAUUGAUGUGGCCAGGCCGUCGUCCGACACGAACGGCGAGCGGUCGGCCGACCACUCACUGGCGCUGGACCAUCAGUCUAGCGGCGUCAUGAUUUUUGUCGCGCUGAAUCUGUAUGAUCGUUGAAAAUGGUUAGUAAAGGGCCGGGACACGCCGCUGAUCGCUCUCAAAAAUGUCCAAGCAAAUGUAAUGGUGUAUGCUCGCGCUUCGGCUACUCAGAGGCUUUUUCGCCGACGCCUUCGCGCGCGUUCGCCAACGGGUCCGACGACGGCGACGCUCCAAGAUUGCGGAUACACGAUGUGCCACGACGACGGGUCACGCAGUAAUCAUCACUGGUCGGACAGCACUUCUCGAAUCUUGCCCAAUUGAUUCGUCAAGCCAAUGAAGUCGCCUUCAACCGAAACCGCGCGUUGGUUGGUCCGAUGCAGAUGGAUUUUGACCAAUGAGCGACCGGACAACAGAUCCGCGUUCUCGUGACGCACGGCCGGGAGCAGCUGCAGCAUGGCGGACGACGGCCACGAGACGCCGCUGCUUGAACACGAAGCACUUGACGCCCCGCGCAAGCCGCGCCUCAACUCGGGCGACCGCGCCUGCGUCUCCAUCUUCUCGCUCGUGGCGCUCAGCGUCUGCGUGGCAGGCCCAUCGGCGCUCUGGACGCCGCCGCCUGUCCUGCUGUCGCCGACCACAUAUCUGGACCUGACAUGGCACCAGUGGACAGAGCCCAGUGGCCAUGACCUUCGACAAAGCGUGUUGGCGCCGACGCUGGCGUCGCUUGAAGGCGUGGACCUGGCGCCGUUCAGCUAUGCCACGUACCGCACGUCGUGGCCGCCAGCGCAGUCGUUCAACUUGAGCGUUCGCUCGGCCACCGACGAUGUGUACCUCGUCUUCGCCGCCAACGCAACGUUCAAGGCCUAUGUCGCGACGCACGACGCCCGCCACAAGAACAUGAUGCGCCACGAGACGCAACUUGUAGCAGGUGGCGCCACCUCCCCCUCGGCAACUGUCGAGAUCGUCCGAGCAACUGGCGGCGAUACAGGCUUGCAGCGUGGACCAUCCCUUGUCUCGGCCACCUGGGACGAGGCGCGCGAGCUCAGCGAGUGGACGCUCGAGCCGGGCCUCGUCGGCGAGCAUCUGCGCAUAGUCGAGGCGACAUGGAUGGCUGCAGUGCCCUGGCAGCGCUCCACGAGCGGGCCUCUGCCGCCGCUCACGUGGCUUCGCACCGUGGUGCAGAGCCACGACGACGGCCGCCACGGGCAGUUGGCGCUGGACGCGAUCGGGCUGAGCCAUGGCAGUAUCUAUUGGAAUGGGCGGCGCCUCGGGCGCUACGAGGGCAACGCGACGGCCGAGUUUGCCGUGCGCGUGGCGUCGACCAACGACUUGGUGCUGCUCGACGAGCGCGGUGUCGAGACCCUCAACCCGCGUCGCCUCCGUGUAACGCUGCGCAUGCCAUAAUAAACACACGAGACAUGUCAACUUGAAAUCUUGAUACUGUC